AUGCCUUUUGGAGAGAUGACCAUCACGCCCCACGAUGUUGCAGUGCUGCUUGGGAUUCCAGUCGAUGGACAUAUGGUUGUAGGGAAUUAG